CUCUACUGCAGACUGAAGACCAUUCGAUCAGUAAAGAUGGAGCCCUCAUUGGAGUCCUCCUCUCCUUUCCUGCUACAGACUUUAUGGGACAAGAUAAGAGCACAAGAAGACUUUCUCCGCUCUCCCUUGUUCCCUGUCCUGUUCUCCAUGACACUCUAUCUGAGCUGCUGCCUGCCUUACCUGUGCCUUGACACCCUGUCCUCCAGAGUAGCCCUGGUGCACCGCUACAAGAUUCAGUCACAGAGCAGGGUGACCUGGGCAAUGGCAUGGAGCUGCCUGGCUACCUCCCUGCACACCCACGCUGUGUUCAUUUUCCCCCUCAGUGUUCUGCACUGGUACUGGAGACCAGUGGUCCUCCCUGCCCAAGCCCCUGGGGCUCUUCGUGUGGCCUGGGACGUGUUAGCCUGUCUCCUCCUCUUUGACCUGCAGUACUUUGUGUGGCACGUGCUGCACCACAAGGUGCCCUGGCUCUACCGGACUUUCCAUAAGGUGCACCACCGCUACACAGCCACCUUCGCCCUGACCACAGAGCACUCUGGGAUCUGGGAGACCCUGAGUCUGGGCUUGUUUGCUGCAGUGAACCCUAACCUGCUGGGCUGCCACCCACUCACCAAGAUGUUCUUCUUCACCCUGAACAUCUGGCUGUCUGUAGAGGACCACUCAGGUUAUGACCUGCCCUGGGCCCCUCACAGACUGGUACCCUUUGGGCUCUAUGGCGGAUCUCCACACCACGACCUCCACCAUCUCAAGUUCAUGGUCAACUACGCACCCUACUUCACACACUGGGACAGGCUGUUCGGCACGCUGCUGCAUACAGACAAACCAGACACGUAUGAUGUAGAUGUGUUGGAUGCUUCAAAAAGAUGUGAUACAGCAUCAAGUGGUGUGACUGAUGUAAGCCAUGCACCAGUGUAUGAGGUUACACAUAGCUGUGUGAAAGACUAUGAGGUACAGUUCAGAGGAAAAUGAGGAGGACCUUUUCUCUGACCCCACAGGGACCAAAUCAGAAAUGUAUAUAGUGUUUGUUUUUAAAAAGUGCAAUACUGUGAAGAAAAAAAUGGAGAAUCAUGUGACCAAUGGACUAUUACUGUAGCUGCUUCUUUACAAUGAAUAUACAGUGUGUGAAAGUAAUUUUACAUUUUAGUCAUUUAGCAGACGCUCUUAUCCAGAGCGACUUACAGUAGUGAAUGCAUACAUUUCGUACAUUUAUUAUUUAUUUUUUUCGUACUGGCCCCCCGUGGGAAUCGAACUCACAACCCUGGCAUUGCAAACACCAUGCCUUACCAACUGAGCCACAGAGAAGACAUCUCAUGUAUGGGUGAUUCUGCAACUUUGGGCACUUUGGCCGUGCAAACUUUCAGAAAUGAAAACUUAUUCAAACACCAUUUUACCAGUAUUGUACUUGUCUUUGAUUUGUCUAGAAACUAUAUCUGAUAAUGGCUGAGAUCGUACUAUUCAGGAAUGUAUAUAUUUUUGUCCCUUUUCCCAGACAGCCAUAGACAAAUGUCAUUUCCAUCACGUCAUUAAACAUCCAUUUUUGUUGAAAAUCAAAUAUCAUACAAUUGAUUUAUAACAAAUGUCUUAUACAUUUGUACAUUAACUUGUAUUGAAUAUUAUUUUAAGUGAUUUUUAAGGUUUUCCUAAUAUUAAUAAUUCAACACGAUGACUGAAUGUUUAAACUUGCCUUGGUGACAGCUGAAAACAUUUAUUUAUCAUGAAAAAUAAGAUAUUUCCACCCAACCUUUUUGUGAGAUUAUGUUAACAACCGUAUGAUUUCCAUAUCUAAAACAAAUAAAUGUAUGUAAAUUAUACAUAAUAUACUCAUUUACCUCAAAAAUAUGGGUUGUGAUGGAAAUGACAAGGUCUGGUGUAAAUGACAUCUAUGUAAAAAAAAACGUAUGAAAACAAAGUGAACUGCCUGGAUUUCACGGGUGUAUUUACACAGGUACUGUAAUUCUCUGCAAAGUCAAUAUGCACAAUGAUCUCCUCUUUCUCUGGAUUCUCUUUUAAUUCUCUCAGUUUGGAGUAUUGGUGUCAAAUUUUGUACACGUGUUUCCCCAACUUCUCUUUCAAUCCGUUGGAGAAGUCCUCCAAUAGAAUCUGCCAACGGCAGUGUGCCACAUAUCUUCUCUUUUACUGUCAAAUGUACAGUGAACUGCUCCAUGUUUCCCUCUUUGUUUUUCUUCUCUCUCUUUUCAUCUUUGUUUUUCCACUCAAACCACCAUGUCUGCUCACCAGCAUCAAAGUCAGAUAUUUUAAGCUCUUUGUCUUGGCAAAGGGAGCACUCUAUACAUGCACUCUUUCUUCCGGUUCUCACAGCACAAAGACUCACUAACUUUCUCAAUGUUGCUGCAGCUGAUCACUUUGUGAUGCUGUAGUUUGUCCAUCAUGAACUGGAGGUUGACGUGGGUUUUGCAGAGACAUGUGUCCCUAUCUUGGACUGCUGGCCUGACAACCCAAAAAUGAGUUAUUUUGCAGAAUUCACAGAAGGAAAUUAGAAUUUCUGAAUAUUCCCUCUUAAACUUCUGAUAAAGGUUCUGAAUUGUGCCAUUCAAGAAGCGCUUCUGCUUUUCUUCUUGUUCCUCGUUAGUGUGUCCUUUUUCCCUGUUGUUGCUCUGCUGUUGUCAUCAUGUUCAUAGAAUCUAGUGAUUUUCUCUUCUGUGGCUGUGCUAAUUCGGUUACACAAUUUUU